GUAAAUUAUUCCACAGCAGCAGGAUUCUUCAGGAGCAUGCAGCACCCUGGGCCAGUGACAUUUAGUGAUGUGGCUGUCAACUUCUCUCAGGAAGAAUGGGAAUGCCUUGAACCUGCCCAGAGAUACUUGUACAGGGAUGUAAUGUUGGAGACCUACAGCAACUUUGUCGCUGUGGUGGGAAGGUUCAUUUCCAAGCCAGAUCUGAUUACCUUACUAGAGCAAGAGAAAGAGCCCUGGUGGAUGAACAUGAGGAAAGAAAGAAGCAGGUGGAACCCAGAUUUGGAGUCAUAUUAUGGAGCUGAUAAAUUAUUUCCAGAAAAUCAUAUUUAUGAACUCAUUUUACCCAAACAAAAUAUAAAGCAAAUAAGUAAAACUCUUGGUCUAGAAGCCUCCAGUUUUAAUAACUCAAAAUAUAGUACAUUUGAGAGACUACAGAGAUAUCAAGACAGGUAUGUCAAUCAGAAGAUAAUUGGUUAUCAAAAAAUACCUACUUAUGCUUGCCAUACUCUUACUCACAAUACAGACAAAUCACAUGAAUGUAAGGAAUGUGGGAAAACCUUCAGUCGUGGCUCAAACCUUUUUCAACACCAGAGUAUUCAUACUGGUGAGAAACCAUUUGAAUGUAAGCAAUGUGGGAAGGCCUUUAGACUUCACCUGCUACUUUCUCGGCAUCAGAAAACCCAUUCAAGUGAGAAACCCUUUGAAUGUAAGCAAUGUGGUACCACCUUCAAACAUCAAUACUACCUUAUUGAACAUCAGCGAAUUCAUACUGGUGCAAAACCUUAUGAAUGCAAGGAAUGUGGGAAAUUCUUUCGCCGUGGUUCAAAUCUUAUUCGACAUCGUAGUAUUCACACUGGAAGCAAACCCUUUGAGUGUAAGGAAUGUGGGAAGGCCUUUAGACUUCAUAUACAGCUUAUUCGACAUCAGAAAUUUCAUAGUGGUGUGAGACCUUUUGAAUGUAAGGAGUGUGGAAAGACCUUUAGUCUUCUCACCCAGCUAAAUUACCAUAGGAACAUUCAUACAGGGGAGAAACCAUUUGAAUGCAAGGAAUGUGGGAGGUCCUUUAAUCGUAUUUCAAACCUUGUUCAACAUCAGAGAAUCCACACUGGUGAAAAACCCUUUGAAUGUAAGCAAUGCAGGACAGCCUUCAGGCGUCAGUAUCAACUUACUGAGCAUCAGCGAACUCAUACUGGAGAGAAACCCUAUGAAUGCAAGGAGUGUGGGAAGGGCUUUAGUCGUAGCACACACCUUAGAGUUCAUGAGAGAAGCCAUAGUGGUGAGAAGCCCUUUGAGUGUAAGGAGUGUGGGAAGGCCUUCCGACAUCAUUACCUAUUUCUUGGACAUUACAGAAUUCAUACUGGUGAGAACCCCCAUGAAUGUAAAGAAUGUGGGAAAUACUUUUCUUGUGGUAGAGACCUCAGAGUACAUCAAAGAAUACAUACUGGUGAAAAACCAUACCAAUGUAAAGAAUGUGGGAAGGCCUUUAGUCGCAAUUCAAACUUAGUUCAGCAUGCUAAAAUUCAUACUGGUGAGAAAUCCUGUGAAUGUAAAGAAUGUGGGAAACCCUUUAGCAAUAAUUAUGAACUGACUGUACAUCAGAGAAAUCAUGCUGGUGAGAAACCUUACGAAUGUAAAGAAUGUGGGAAGACGUUUAGUCGUAACUCAAACUUAAUUCAACAUGCUAGAAUUCAUACUGGUGAGAAGCCCUAUCAAUGUAAGGAAUGUGGGAAAGCCUUUAGCAAUAAUUAUGAGUUGACUGUACAUCAGAGAGUUCAUACUGGUGAGAAGCCCUAUGAAUGUAAAGAAUGCGGCAAAACUUUUAGAUUUCGUUCAGCUUUUACUGCACAUCAAAGAAUUCAUACUGGUUUAAGACCCUAUGAAUGUAAGGAAUGUGGAAAGACCUUUAGUUGGAGCUCAAGUUUUAUACAUCAUAAAAGAAUUCAUACUGGUGAGAAACCUUACGAGUGUAAGGAAUGUGGGAAAGCCUUUAGAGUUAAUUCAGUCCUUUCUGCACAUCAGAGAAUUCAUACAGGUGUAAAGCCCUAUGAAUGUAAAGAAUGCGGGAAAACUUUUAGACUUAGUUCACCUUUAAUUCAGCAUCAGCGAAUUCAUACUGGAAAGAAACCCUAUGAAUGCAAGGAGUGUGGGAAGGGCUUUAGUCGUAGCACACACCUUAGAGAUCAUCAGAGGAUCCAUACUGGUGAGAAACCCUUUGAGUGUAAGGAGUGUGGGAAGGCCUUCCGACAUCAUUACCUAUUUCUUGGACAUUACAGAAUUCAUACUGACCUCAGAGUACAUCAAAGAAUACAUACUGGUGAAAAACCAUACCAAUGUAAAGAAUGUGGGAAGGCCUUUAGUCGCAAUUCAAAAUUAGUUCAGCAUGCUAAAAUUCAUACUGGUGACAAGCCAUAUGAAUGUAAGGAAUGUGGCAAAGCCUUUAGCAAUAAUUAUGAACUGACUUGUCUUGCCCAUCAGAGAAUUCAUACAGGUCUGAAACCCUAUGAGUGUAAGGAAUGUGGAAGGACGUUUAGUUGGAAUGCAAGGCUUAUUCAUCAUAAAAGAAUUCAUACUGGUGAGAAACCCUGA